AGCAGCUCCUGCCUGUCCCUGUCCCUGCCACCCUCUCCCUGGGUCCAGUGGGUCAGGUUUCAUGACCUCAGCGCUCAGAUUUUGCAGCAUAAAUUUGCAUCCAGGACAGACCAGAGCAAAGGCAGAGGUGGGAGUGGAGAGAAAAAGGGAGCAGGGCUGAGGAGCCCACGGGGGUGCGGGCUGGCGCCUGCCGGUCCAGUAUCCUCCCCACGCGGCAGGACAGCCUCCGAGGUGCCCAGUUGCAGGAUGGCGAUGACAGACUUGCUCAGCGCUGAGGACAUCAAGAAGGCAGUGGGAGCCUUUACGGCCACCGACUCCUUCGACCACAAAAAGUUCUUCCAAAUGGUUGGCCUGAAGAAAAAAAGUGCAGACGACGUGAGGAAGGUGUUCCACAUCCUGGAUAAAGACAAGAGCGGCUUCAUUGAGGAGGAGGAGCUGGGAUUCAUCCUAAAGGGCUUCUCUCCAGAUGCCAGAGACCUGUCUGCUAAAGAAACCAAGACGCUGAUGGCUGCUGGAGACAAGGACGGGGACGGCAAAAUCGGGGUUGAUGAAUUCUCCACCCUGGUGGCUGAAAGCUAAGAGGCUCUGACUGUCCCAGGUCUUCCUGCCCCAAACACCCGAUCUCAGCCCCUCUCGCCACCCUCCUGCGUUUCUAUUCAGUUUGUUUAUGUUAUUUUUUACUCCUCCCAUCCCCUGUGGCCCUGGAAUGACACCACCGUUCUUCUGGAAAAUGCUGGAGAAACAAUAAAGGCUGUACCA